AAUGCGUGACAGUCCCUCUAAUGUUUCCAAGCAAGGAAUAUUCAUACAAGAAUCCUUGUUGGUUCCAAGCGUGCACUGGCGGUGCUGGGCUUGGCUGUUCCUCACCGCUGGCAGUGGUGGACAGUGGUGUGAACAGUAUACACCUGUGUCCUGCUGCUGUCCACCCCCACCCUUCACCUGUGUCUUCCUCAACAAGUGUGCACAAGACGAGUGUCAGUCCUGUAGCCUAGCUGUGAUUGCCGCGUCACCAGCAGCAGGUGGUCAGCGGCACGUCAGCCAAGGGCCCAAGGUCAUCAUCGCAGCCCUCCACAGGAGAAGCGGCAGCACUCACUGACUCACUCACCGAGGAGUCUCACGGGAACACUGCCAGUGAGUGUUUACUGUUAUUACUGUCACUGUUGUGUGGAUCAAACUCAUUUGUCUCGUGAGAGAGAGAGAGAGAGAAGAGUGGGGAGGUGGAACAGCGGUGGGAUAUGGAGAGAACUUCCCAAAGCUGUUGUUGUGAUGGUGGCCAUCCUGAUCCUGCUGUUGCUGCCAGCACCUAACCUAACCAAACAAGAAGUGUGGUGUAGACCAGCCCAGCCCUGCCAGCAUCCAAGCCGCUGCUGUCACCACUGCUGCUGCUGCUGCCACCACCACCGCCACCACCACCACCACCACCAACAGCUGCCUGGCUCUCUGCCUUCCCCGAGGCUCCCUACCGGACUGGCUACAGCAUGUGCUGGUGACAGUGGUGUGGGGCUCGUGGAAGUUGUGAGGCCAGGUAGCAGCAUGGGUGGCCAGUGGCAGCAGCAGUCAGCCUCAGGUGUGGGGAGGCACAGGCGUGGUGGCAAGGAUCACCAGGAGACAGGCAGCUCUGGCCACACAGGACAGAGCAGGUUUGAGUGCCAGCAGUGUGACAAAAUGUUUACCACCAAGCAAAGCCUCACCAGACACACCCUAGCACACAGUGGUGUUAGGAAUUAUGAGUGUGGUGACUGUGGGAAGAAAUUUACCCAAAAAUCUAACCUCACCACACACAGCCUGACACACAGUGGUGUUAGGAAUUAUGCGUGCGGUGAGUGUGGGAAGAAAUUUACCCAAAAGUCUUCCCUCAACACACACAGCCUGACACACAGUGGUGUUAGGAAUUAUGAGUGUGGUGAGUGUGGGAAAAAAUUUACCCACAAGUCUUCCCUCAACAUACACAGCCUGACACACAGUGGUGUUAGGAAUUAUGAGUGUGGUGAGUGUGGAAAGAAAUUUACCCACAAAUCUUCCCUCACCUCACACAGCCUGACACACAGUGGUGUUAGGAAUUAUGAGUGUGAUGAGUGUGGGAAGAAAUUUGCCUAAAGUCUCACCUCACCACACACAGCCUGACACACAGUGGUGUUAGGAAUUAUGAGUGUGGUGAGUGUGGCAGAAGGUUUGGAACCAUUUCUCGCCUCAAUCAACACACCUUCAGACACACUGGGUUGAGGGAGUUCAAGUGUGAUGAAUGUGGCAAGUGUUUCAAGGCAAAGCGUGAUAUUGCCAGACAUGUGAAGGUCCACUUUUGAGGUGGUGUGUUGUGUGGGUGGGUGGGGCCACAGCCGUGCCUGUGGUGGCGGCUGUGUCUGUGUGUGCUGUGAGGGAGUGACGGCCGCAGCAGUUGUUUUGUUGGCGGCGCAGGUGUGCCUUUCAAUAAAUGUGUGUGUGUGUGACAUGGUGA